AUGAAGAGUAUCCAGAAAAAUCAUAUCGAGAUCGAUAAGAAACUAUAUGUUGGCCCGGUGACCAGUCUAUGUUUUCACAACGAUAAAGUCUUAUUAGCCGGACACGGUCCAUAUCUGAAGGCAUUUUAUGUGCCAACUGGAGAUUUGCUGGAUAGUCUCUUGGCUUUAGAAGAUUGGAUUUUGGAUGUGCAGUGGUUAUAUGAUUCGAUUGCUGAACAAAUAGACGAAAGAAUAUCGGAAAAAAACCCUUUAUCAUCAUCAUCGUCGUCCACGUCUAUCAAAAAAGAAACACCAAAAGAAAUAGCAAUAGCCUUUGCCCACAACUUUAUCGAAAUUUGGGAUCACACUUCUUCCACAUGUUUAUAUUCCGUAGAAUGUCAAGAACACUGUAUUCUAUAUUCAGCGCGAUUUUUUGGUGACACGCGCGAGAAUCUUGUCUUGGCUUCAGGGACCGUGUUUAAUCAAGUGCAUUUGUGGAACGUUAUGUGUAGGGAUAAAGAUGGGUAUGGAGUUGUGUAUAAGAAACUUGUUGGACAUGAGGGUGUAAUAUUUGGUAUAAGAUUUAAUAAAGAUGGAACGUCUGUUGUUUCUGUAUCUGAUGAUCGUACGAUCAGGGUUUGGCGGACAGAUUUAGAUGACAACAUGAAACCUCGCGUCUUAUUUGGACAUAUGGCGCGUAUAUGGGAUUGUCUAAUUUUUGAUGAUUAUUUGAUAAGCAUUUCCGAGGACACAACUUGUCGCGUUUGGCGCAAUAGAUUUGAUGAUAAGGAUGAAGACGAUGAUGUCGAUUGUUUAGCGUGUUGGGAAGGGCAUGUGGGAAAAAAUGUGUGGAGUGUGGCUGUUAACCCGUCAAAGAAGAUUGUUGCCACGGGUGGCCAAGAUUCGGGUAUUCGGUUGUGGUCGUUGUCUUCGGUGACUAAGAAUAAAAUAGAUUCUGAAAAUGAUUUGAUUAAAGUUGAGUUGCCGCCCAUUGAACAAUAUAUUCAACCUUUAGCGAGAAAUAGUGAUCACAAAUUACCUCACACUCAUGAACAUGCUCGAAAUUGCGUGAUAGUUGAUUAUUCGACUAUUGUAAUGGCGUCAAAUUAUGGUUAUAUAAUACGAUUCAACUAUCAGAAAAAUGAAUGGCGUACAUUAUUCCACGACCCUGAAUUGGCCAGCUAUAAUAUGAUGACAUCAUCACAGUGUGGCCGGGUUGUUUGUUGUGGGAGCAUUUAUGGACAAUUGAUAGUUUUGAGCGUGACGAAUGAGUUUGAGGUGUUUGAAAUAUUUAUAGAAGAGACUAAUGACCCAAAUGUUCUUUACAUUAUUUCUCAUGCGGUUCACAACGAUAUUUAUUUACUUGCUUUGGAUCUUAAUAACAUUACAAAACCAACUUUAGAAAUCCUGUACAAAAUAUCAGUGCCUCCAUGUUUUCUGUUACUUUCGGUAGCUUUCUCUGCGCGGUAUAAUCUCUUGUUUUGUGGAUCACGAGAAAGUGAGCUUGCUAUAUAUCAUUUAUCACGAUCACCGUCACCUUUUACAAAAUCAGAUAGAGACGGAAAAAGUUUUUUAGUAUCAGACAAAGACAAUAGUAAUGAUAACGAUAAUCAUGAGAACAGCCAUAAUAUCUCGACAAUUUUAUACCUAAGCAAAACCCACGGGAAACAAGCCAUAACUUCAAUUGCACUAAAAAUAGGAGACGAACUCACUCCACAAAAACAAGAAGAUACAUUGUACGUAUUUACUACUGGUCGUGAUGGAGGGUACAUUAAGUAUCGAUUAAAAGAUUUAUCCGCGCUUCUUUCUCAACCACAGCAACAGAAAAAAGCAAGUGAACGAGCUGAUUCGUUGGGUUUAGAGAUAAAUAAAAGUGAAAAUAAUGAUGAUACUAAAAAAUCCGGAGAAACGCUUGAUCAUGAUUACGAUGAUAAUUCAGAUGAAUACGAAGAAACAUCAAAGAUUAAUGAAAAAUCGAAAAUUUUUUCUGCAUCUUCUUUGAAAGAAGAGAAUGUUGAAAGAGCAUUGAGCAUGGAACAAGUUUAUCGAGCCAAAAUUACGAAAGGAUGGCUAGAAAAAGUAGUUUUUGUGGAUAAUGAAUUGCUAUUAUUGGGAUUUUAUCGGAAAAGGUUUUUUGUAUAUAAUGAAGAGAAAAAAUUUGAGAUGUUUUCAGUUGCAUGUGGUGGUGCCCAUCGUGUAUGGCAUUUCAGGGCCGCUGAUAAACGAAUGGACAAGUCGACCUUUGUGUUUAUUCGUAAAGAAAAGAUAUAUGUAUAUUCUCGACAAGCUUCCGCAUCCAGUGAAGGAUUUGACGAAUGUAAAUUACAAAAUAAUUAUCAUGGGCGAGAAGCUCGUGCUCUUGAAUAUCUACCUUAUCCUAUAAAAUUAUUCGAAGGGGGAAAAGAAAUCGCAAAAAAGAAUCUAAUUUCCCCCGUAAUAUUUGCUACGGGUGGCGAAGAUAGUCUGUUACGGUUAUUUCAAUAUAUUCCAGGCGAAAAAGAAUUACGCAAUCUCUGUAGUAUCAAGAAACAUGCAUCUGCUAUUCGAAGUAUACAAUGGAGUCAAGGAAUCGAAAAAGUGUUGUUACUGUUCUCUUGUGGUGCUAGUGAGGAAUUGAGAUGUUGGAAAGUUGAGAUGUCUUUGGCGAAAAGUGAGCAGCUGUCCAAUCGACAAGAAUUUCUGAAGAUGGUUUCAGAGCCAGUGUGUAUUAAUUGUUUAGAGUGGUCGAGGUGUCCGACUAUCAGUGAAAUCCCAGAAACGCGAAUUAUGGAUAUUUCCGUUUUCCCUAUAAAUUUUCAACAUCGUCAUCAAAAUACAUCUGGUUUGCAUUUUGUGGCGGCUGUUUAUUCUGAUUCAGUAUUACGAAUCUGGAUUUUCGAUGAGACAACACGACACUUUUAUUUAUUAGGCGACGCGACUUUCCACAAUAAAUGUAUCUUACAAGUCAAACAUCUUGUAAUAGGGGAUCAGCAGAGUAAGAAGGAAGAAGAGGAGAAUAACGAAUGCGAAAAUAGUGUUGAAGAAGAAUGGCGGAUUAUUCUAUUCACUUGUGCUACUGAUGGCCGAAUUGCUAUAUGGGAUGUAUCUAAAUCAGUACAAAACUUCUUGAAUACGUUCUCGCAGUCAACGAAAAAUCCAUUAUCAUCGUAUUCAUUUAAUGACUUAAUAUCGAAAUUACUACAAUACAAAAAACCGCUCGACCAACCGACUAUGGUCUACAAAGCGCAUCAAUCAGGUGUCAAUUGUAUGGAAGUGCGAUCGGUUGGAAGAGACAAGUUUAUCGUGAUUACUGGUGGUGAUGAUAAUGCUGUUGCGGUGGCGAUGCUUUACACAUCGAGACGUGGAAAUGAUUUAGUUGUUAUGGAUGUGUAUAAUAUGUUGGAUGCACAUCCUUCGUCGAUUCAAGGCGUACAUAUAAUCAACGACACAACUUUUGUAACUUCUUCAUUGGAUCAACGACUGAAUGUUUGGAAGCUUGUAAAAAAGAAAAUCACUCCUGACUCGAAAGAAAAAGACUAUGCUUUUAAACUUGUGGCUUCGGAAUUUGUUAAUGUUCGUGAUCCGUCUGCAAUGGGUGCAACACAAUAUGUUUCUAUCAGUAGCGACAAAGAUCAAGCUCACAAAGGUGAGGUUAUUGCGUCUAAAACACAGAUAGCAGUAACCGGAAUUGGAAUAGAGCUUUUUGAAAUUCGAGUAUGA